AUGUUGAAUAGCUCUAUCGAUAUAAUGAAGAGCCAAAUCCGUCUUAUGACACCGAUCGAAAUGGUAGGCAGCCAGGACGUACAACCAGAGAGCCGUCGUUGGUGGCUCACACUCUUGAGAUACUCCGCUCAAAUUCACUUUGUCAUAUCCCUCAUCGUCCAUUUUCUUCACAUAUUCCGAGAUGAGCGACUCGAUGACAGCGAUCUUUUGUGGGAAUUUGUAGAGUGGCACGAGAGAAGCGAAGAGCGAUGGAGCACCCUUACGAAGCAUCGGUACAAUCCAUUCGUGAAGACGACGACGGAGUUCUUCACCUUCUACCAGGUAGAGAGCGAGACGUCGUGGAGCGGCGGCCUUCUUGAAUUUCUCGGCUAG